CCCCAUUUCGGCGUAGUUAACAGCAAGCGACGAAAGAAAACCUAUUCUUUGGUCCCAGGAAUUUCCCGAGUCUUCCUCAAAUCUCUCUAUGCCGUUCCCAGAAUACCCCUGAUCUCCUCCCCAAAGUUUUCCCCACCGUUCCUGAUCUCUUCCCGUUACUAGUUUCAGUUCCUCCUCCAUUUUUGUCGGAGAAAUGGAACAGUUUUUCUAGAAUUUCUUUUCUCCCGUUUUUUCUUUAAUUUUUAUGUUACAGAAAUGUCGGAAAGCGGGAGAGAAAUUAGGGAGGGAGGGAUCGCCGAAAUGAUGGACGGAACUCUAGAAGGCCCACCGCCUGCGGCUUUUCCCGGCGGGAUCAGCUCCGCGCUAUCGGAGAUCCUCACAUCCGGAACCGAUCCACUGGACUCCAUCUUCUCCCACCUCCCGCCGCCGGCGCUGGCAGCGCCGGAAACCCUCGGCUCCGGCGUCUACCUCCGACAGACGGAGCUCCUUCGGCGAAUCGCCUCCCAAUCCCGGCCCUACUCCGCCGCCUUCCCUUCUCGCGCCGCCGCUCCCGCCUGGGCAGCCGCGGCAGCCGAACAGCAUCACCGCCUAUACCGCGGCAUCGGGCCGGCAAAGAAGAAGCUCUACCGGGGCGUCCGGCAGCGCCACUGGGGGAAGUGGGUGGCCGAGAUCCGGCUCCCCCAGAAUCGGAUGCGGGUCUGGCUCGGCACCUACGACUCGGCCGAGUCGGCGGCCUACGCCUACGACCGCGCCGCCUACAAGCUCCGCGGGGAGUACGCCCGCCUCAACUUCCCGGACCUCAGGGACGGUGGCGAUUGCCCCGAGAAGCUCCGCGUGCUAGGAUCUGCCGUCGAUUCCAAGAUCCAGGCCAUCUGCCAGCGGCUCGGGCGGCAGAGAAGAUCGAAGCUGAGAUCCGAGUCCGAGAAGGGGAAGGCAAAGGGAGAGAGCCGGAGAGACGACGAGCCCCGGGCCGCGGCGGCGGAACAGGGCCCGUCGGAGACGUCGUCGUCGGUGUCGGAAGAGAGUUUGAUGACGGCGGGGUGCGCCGAAACGAACAACGAGUGUUCGCUUGCGGGGAUGCCCUCGUUUGAUCCCGAGUUAAUCUGGGAAGUGCUCCCUAAUUAAGCAAAAAGAUGCUGCAUUAGCUUUACCAAAAAGUAUGUAAUUAGUGGAUAAAUGACAAGCGAGAGAAUUAAUACUGAAUAAAUGAUGCUGUAAGCGAGAUGUUUGGGACAAAAAGGGCUACUUCUCAGUCUUCCGUGAUGGUCAUGGAUGUGGUGCGAUAACGUAGACUGGAUUUUUAUGGUGAUCUAAGUAUUAUUGUUAUUAAAAUUUUUUAUGUGGCAAAAAUUAUCAAGGCC